UGUGACGGGUGAGUCAGACUCCGUAGGUCUUUGUGAUGUGAUUAUUAUUUUAAUCGGUUCGGUUCGUAUCGUAGGCAAAUGUGCUGUUUAUAUAACGUUGAAUUUUUCCUCACUGUAUUACAGAUAUUAUUUGAGACUUGAAACUCUAUUCAGUGCACAUAAUAAUAUACUUAACAAUACAAACCAAUCUAUUACUCUAGGCCUACGUUGAAAUAUUAAACAGGCCUGUUAGGCCUAAUUUUGAGGUUAAGAACGAGCAUAUUAUAUACCUAAAAAUUAAAAACAAACCAGUAAUAUAUAUAAUAAAAAUAAAUUUAUAAAAUGGAUGACUCUGGAAUCAAUCUUUCUAUAGCGUUUGACUUGGCUGAGUACAUAAACGAUGAUGAAGUGAACUUAGACCAGUUCAUUCAGCAAUCGGAGGCAAUUCUUUUCUCCAACUCUUCAAAUCAACCCUAUUAUGAAAUAAAAUCAAAAACAGUGGAUUCUUCUAGUCCACCGACCUUCAAGACCGCAACUCCUACCACCAGAACACAUUCGAAGCAACUGUUGAUGAAAGAGAAAGCGCUUGAAGAAAUUAAACAAGAACAAAAACUCAAAGAGAAACAGAGAUUAGAACAGGAAAGAAGUGAGAAAGAGAGACAAGAAGCGGAAAGUAGAUUACAAGAAAAACAAACAAGGUCUUUCCCCAGAGUUCCUCACAAUGUUGGAGUCCAUUUUGAUGUGCCUUCGCAAGUUUUUAAGGUGAAAUCAGUUCUAGAGAACCCAACACAAUACCAUGUGGUUGAAAAACAAAAGAUGCAAGUGCGGCAAUACCUGCGGGACGAGAUGGCUCAGUUGCGAAGGUCGUCUCUCCCGAUGUCUCAGGCCAGCAGUAUGCCACCUGCACAGACCCCGGCCCCGUCACUACCACUACAUACCAACAGCUUACCUCCGCCUCAGCCCCACACAUACACAGCGGGGCCUCCACUGAGCCCCGACGUCCCCAUGUCUCCUGGACUCAGCUCAGUUGCCACCAGUGUGUCAGAGGCAGAAGACUUGCUUGAUGAACUCAACUUCGGCAGUCUUGGUUCAGAAAAUGUAAAAACUGCUCAGUCUCUCAACCUGCCUUCAGAUAUUGAUGGCAAUUCAGAAAUGUUCCUAGAGCACUUGAUAGCCCUGGGUAGUGCGGGCUCGACCAGUGGCAACAAGACUAGUCUAUCAUGUCCCGCGGACCUAUCCCAGAUCAAGCCCGAACAUCUGUACUCAGAAGCAGAUCUUCAGGCUGUUAAAGACCGCCAAAAGAAAGACAAUCAUAAUAUGAUUGAAAGAAGAAGAAGGUUUAACAUUAACGACAGAAUAAAAGAACUGAGUACUCUCUUACCAAAAAGCAAUGACCCAUUCUUUGAUGACUUUGUGGGAGAUUUAAAUGGAAAACAUUUUGAGAUCGUACGAGAUGUGAGACAGAACAAAGGGACGAUUUUGAAAAUGUCAGUAGCUUAUAUAAAAACACUACAGAAUGACCUACAAAAAACACGAAAAGUUGGUGAAGAACUCGCCUCACAAAACAGAGCUUUGAUUCUUAAAGUUCAGCAACUAGAGCAACAUUUGGCCAAAGUGAACAGUCUAGAGAGCAACGAACUGUCGUGGCACUCAAACCACAGCAAUGCCCUCAACAGCUACGCUAAACACGCUCCCAUGCUCAACCCACCAGUAAGUACCAACACAAGCUAACCCAUAGUAUAUAGAACAGUAGACAGCAACAAACUGUCGUGGCACUCAAACCACAGCAAUGCCCUCAACAGCUACGCUAAACACGCUCCCAUGCUCAACCCACCAAUGACCAGUGUGGAGAGUGCUAGCAUCGGAGAGGGUUCUCCUCUGAGUCUCAGUGAUGAUCUCAUGGAUGAUGAUCAUCCAGUGACAGGAGAUCCGAUGUUGUCUUCCCCCCACCACCUACCUCCGUCUCCGUCGCCGCCACCUGACACUUCCCAUCUGGCCCACUUAGACGACAUGGAUAUCGGACUGUGACCUCCGUGUUUCCUUCGUUGGUCUUGUAAAUUACUGUUAUCGUUUCAUAGUCUAUUUUUUUUUAUCAGAGUAUUGUUGUUGCAAACGGUGAUAAAGGUUGGACUAAAAAAUUUGUACUGUUAUGUUUUUGUAACUGAUUAGAUUGUUUUUUGAUGAUCGCUGAUCAUUGUUGUUACUGGUCACUUAUUUUGUUUAUUUAUUUUAUUGUAUGUUGAGUUUUGACAUUUUAUUCACUAUUUAUCAGAUGAAAACUGCGAUCGGCUUAGGAAUCAUUCCAUUCAAAAUUGAUAAAACACCAAAAGUGUAUUGAAAAGUUUUUUCUAGUUGUAUGUAUUAGAAUUUGUAAGUUGUGUAAGCAUGUAUAUAGUAGUACAUAAUAUAGGAAAUCAAAUACAUUCUCAGAAUAAAACUGUUCUAUAUUUUCUCA